AUGUCUAAACAAGCCAAAUGGGAAGCUGAAAAGACAAAAAAUUUAUCUUUAUCAUUAGAAGAAAAGAGAAAAUUAUAUAAAUCUGGUGAUUACUUAAUUGUUGAUAAAAUUGACCCUUGGAGUUUAUACUUUGUAAGGAAUGAGGGAGUAAAAGACAAAAAACACACUGAAGAGGAUUUAAGUGAAUUCAGCAAAAUAAAAAUAGAUGCUGACAAAAAUAAAGAAUUAAUAGACAAAGUAUCUAUUUUUAAAGGGGACAUUACUAAGUUGGAGAUUGAUGCAAUAGUAAAUGCUGCUAACUCGAGAUUAAAAGCUGGAGGUGGUGUUGAUGGGGCUAUUCAUCGUGCUGCAGGACCAUUACUCCAAGCAGAAUGUGAUACUCUUGGAGGAUGUCCUACGGGAGAGGCUAGAAUCACUGGAGGAUACAACCUACCUGCUAAAUAUGUCAUUCAUACUGUUGGUCCACAAAAUGGUUCUGCUCCAAACCUGCAGUCCUGUUAUGAAAAGAGUUUUGAAUGUCUCAAUCAAUUACAGUUACAAUCUAUAGCAUUCCCUUGUAUUUCUACUGGGAUUUAUGGUUUUCCUAAUCGUCUAGCUGCUCAUAUUGCUUUACGGACUGCUAGAAAAUUCCUUGAAAAUAACAAAAAGAUAGAAAAAGUUAUAUUUUGCACAUUUAUGCCAAUAGAUGUUGAUAUCUAUGAAACAUUAAUGCAAAUGUACUUCCCAAUUCAUGAAAAUAACUGUAAUCCA